GCUUCUUCCGCUUACUAAUGCCUUCAAAAUCUAAUAGAGAUGGUAAUGCAUUGCACUCAGCGCCAGCCCUGGGCCUCAGCUAGGUCAUUCAUUUCUUCCCUAACACCUUUAAAUGACUCGUACCUUCAACUUACUUACCUUGCUUCCCUUGCUUACUACCAAUCACCAGUACUUGGCGCAGGGUGACCCUUCAAGUUGUCAGCCGUGUGAUCAUCAAUAUUCGGAGACAGUGAUUCGUGACGCAUGACGAGUCAAAUGGAGAAGUGCGAUGCCACAGCAGCCCACCUCUCACUCUUUGAAUCCGCCAUUUGAUCUGCAUAAUUUCAUGUCGGGACUAGAAGAAUCUCUUUACGCUCUUGACUGGAAUGACAUCAUAUCAGUUGCAAUCAUUACCCUGAUAUCCUAUGAUUACAUCCUUCAGUUCGAGAAAGAGGUCACGUUUGUUUGGGGAAGACGGUGGUCAGUGAUGUACAUAUCUAUACCUUGCUGUUCGAUAUUUUGGUAUUGUCCAUGCAACGUGCGUCGCGGUGGUUGUAUCCUUCAGAUGGUGCGUUGUAUAUUGAUGCUGACGUCUAGGAUUUGCGCCAUCUGGGGAGGUCUAAUUUACAUGCCUGAAGCAGUGAGUUAUGAUAUGUUUCUGUUCAUGAAAUGGAGUUUUUCUGUAUAUCUUUGCUUGACAGAAGUCAUUCUCAUCUGGCGUCUUUACGUCCUAUACAACCAAUCCAAGCUCAUACUUUAUCUUCUGCUGGGGUUGUUCUCACCUGUCGUCGUGCUCUAUAUAGGGGUGGAUAUAUUUUUAUGGAGUCGGCCCUCAGCGGUCUCAGUGGAAGAAAUAAUAAUAACUCCAACUAUCAAGUACUGCACCACUUUCUACCACAUCGGGCCCAUGCCUGCGCUAUAUGCUUCCGUCCCCGUCGUAUGCUAUGAUAUUUUCCUGGUUGUUCUCGCCAUUGCCGUCCUCAGGAAGCACCUGAAAGAACGAAAGGAGUUUAGAAUGAAGCCUAACACCUAUGUGGUAAUGAUCGUCCGAUAUCAUGCCAUAUACUUUGUUCUGAAUUUGGCAAGUCAAAUCUACUUGGCGAUAUCGUGGGCCAACCUUUCGACGGUGGUGCUGAAUCUCGCAAUAUUGUUCAAGGACACCACGCCAUUUAUCAUUGCGCCACGUCUUAUCAUCAGCAUUUGGGAUACGCAUGCCAACGACAAUUGCGUACAUCUCAGUACAAUGUUCGAGGAUUGUGUCUGUUUGAGUUCGCCACCGGAAUUGGAGCAGCCCGAGAUUGACCCCUGCGUAUGAUGUUCCGAAUUGAGGAAGGAGGUAGAGUGAGGUCUAUACUUGCCCCUAACUAGCGUCCGCCUCAAAUACCUAUUCAACUGAAUACUGUAAGGAACGUCACUCCGCUGGCUACGGAAUUCCCUUUGUGCUACCGGUUAUGGACUUAACUUCUACCGGUUCGAGUUACUACUCUACCGGCUAUGGAGUUCCCGUUAUACUGCUAUCAUAGCCACUCACUUAGAUAUAAAACCCUGUCCUUACUUUGCGUAUCUUUAGUGAAUUCACUCCCCCUCGUUCAUAUCUCAUCACUCGUGAUCCGAUGAUCAAUCCCUGUCGAACUCAUUAAGCAGCCUUACAAUAUUCGUCUCUAGAUUUAGUGGAAUUCGUGAAUGUAGAUUUCUCGUGGAUACAUC